AUGGGAAGACGACGUAGUGGAGCUGGGAAUGUUCACCUUAGCACGCUUAAGAACGUUCGUGCAGUUAUCCUUGGAAAAGACGGCGUUGGAAAGUCAGGUAGGAAUCGUGAAUGCUGCGGCGUGUAUCGGCAGUCACUGAAGAAAAAUUAAUGUAACUCAAAGUUCGGACAGCGCUAUUAAAGCCGCAUACCGGCAGUUACUAAUCUAAACAAUACAAGUUUUUUUAUUGAACAAGAUCAUUCGUAAGAUUUCCCUCACGCUGGACCAUAAAUGACAUGGUUGGUUUACACAAGAGUAACUGCAGGGUGAAAAACGUAAACUAGUGUGAGAGCUUUAUUCCUCCUUUGCCACAUUUUUGAACCAAAGGUACGUGUCUGAAUUUAGAAAGCUGUUUCGUUAAAUUAUUUGUCUUUAUGUCACUAUUUCGGUGUUACGAUUCAUGAUCAUGAAACUAGGAACUGAAAUCUGGCCUUAUUCCAGGUUUAGUUACAUUUUAUUGGUUCCCUGUUGGUCACAAAUUCCUGCUGGUGUAGUUUAAGACAUUUUGUUCCCAGCUCCUUUUUAAGUUGGUUAUGCUUAUUAUAUCCCAACGAAAAAUUGUGCACCAUAAGUAUAUUGAUUAUAGGUUAGUCAAGGGCCCUCAUACAUAACCGCAAACCGAGAUGUAAAAUUUGUGAACUCUAUAUUCUGCACAUAGCAUCACUCUCUACAGGUUCCCAUACUCUGCUUUAUUUUUUUUUUCUUUCACGCUACCACCUGAGGAAAGUUUCUUAAAAAAUGUAAUUACUUCAUAAACACCGUCGUUCAAUUUAUAGCUUUGUUUUUCUUUCUUCUUCUCUUUUGGUUUCACAACAAUUCAGACACCACAUCUCGCCUUUUCUCAAAGUAAUUCAGUCCGUUUGAAGUUCUAAAGGCACCGCCGCCGUCACGUUUCUUUCUUGCUUCUUUAGAGAAUUAUUCAGUGUUUAUAAUUUCUACUCAAUGAGCAACCACAAAUCAUCGAUAAUCUCUCUUAACUCAGAUUUCAAUAAAUCAAAUCUAUUGAACCAUUUUACGCUCCCCUAGAGAGUUUCUACUGAAAAUGGACAGUUGUUUCGACAUCGCUGCAUUUUUAACUGCAUCAUAAAAAGUCAUCAAUUCAACUUUUUCUGCUAGUUUAGUGCCUGUUUUUAGUUUUUGCGCAAAAAAAACUUUAAAUAUGAUUUACUAAUAAAUGUGUUCUCUAUUGUUGUUUUAAUCAAUUAUGACACCUCUGCGAUAAGCUGCACUGAUAACUGAAGUGUUCAAUGUAUUAAUUGAACUAAUUUACCCCCUACAGCUUUGACUGUUCGAUUUUUGACCAGACGUUACAUUGGAGAGUAUGAUAGCACAUUAGGUAAGCUUUAUAAAUAAUUAUCUUUCAAGCGUUCUGGUAACCUGCGAAAUCAGCCGUCUCGUCUCCUCGCUCCUGGCCGCUAUGGACGUUUGCCACCCGGCGAAACGUCCCCAGCAGCGAGGAGCGAAGAGAAACGGCCUUUUUCGCAGGCUACGGCGUUCCAGGUUUCUCUUUGGCUGAGUAACAUUGAAAAUUAUCUUUGAAAAGUCAGGUCGUAGACCCACCUGGCUGCGGUAAUGCUAUCGUUCUUUGCAAUCUGAUUGGAUUCAUUUUAUUUCCUAUCGUUGCUCUUUUCUCGGAAGUAGAAGGAAUAUUACUUUUUCUGAACAUCGCUUGUGGUUGCAUCAGUGAUGAAUAGUAGCUGGGGGUUUCAUUGAAUCCUAUUGAGGGCUUCGUGCUGCGGCAACGAACGAUGAAGUUGAAAGAAGUGGAUGUGACAGUGAAAUAGGAAGGGUGGUUCCCCUCCAUGAUUAAGAUUUUUACCACUGGCCUCUCAGCAUGCUCUCAGGGUUAGCCUACUAGCAAGUAGUCUCGGGGGUCGGGUCUCAGACAGAUGCGAUUCCGACCUGAUUUUCCUAACACCAAUUUUUCAUGUGACAACAAUACUAUGGUGAAAUUCGAGAUUUGGUUUAAAGUCUCCUUUUCACAUUUUUUUUUAUGCUAAGGAGACCGGGGAGUUCAACUUUCUCCUUUUUUAGGAGCCCAUUAUUUCCUGCAAGAGAGAAUCUCCUGCCUUUGACUGAAGCUGUUGUUCUGUUGAUUAACGCAAAACUUGUGAUUUUUCACACUGAUCCAACAGAAGCAACUUAUCGACAUUACCUGAUUAUUGAUGGUCAGUCCAUAUCCUUGGACGUCAUGGAUACUGCUGGAAAGGUGGGUUUUAAGUUUAAAACUCCAAUUUUUGUCUUGUUUUUCUGUUUAUACUCAAUGUGUUGUUGUCGCUUUGCUUACAAAGACUUUGCAGAAAAAGCAUGUCAUGCUUAGCUCUUACAAUCCGGACAUAAGGAGUGGCCGCUUCAAAGGAAAAAGUAGAACAAGAGUGUGAUAACUUUUAUAUUUCAGCAGGAGCCGAUUGCUCAGUUAACCCUCAGUUAACCCAAAAAUCAAGAAAUAUCAACCGUUUGCCAUAUGAAAGGCAAAAUAUUUACCGUUAGCCGUUACAUCCUACCACCCCAUCAAAGAUUAGCCUGUUCAAGGCUCUGAGAUAGUAGGGAUGACGUGUAAGUGAAACGGCACGCGAAAAACGGUGAGCGCGCUUCCUCAAUUUCGCUGACCCGACUAUCUCGGAGCCUUGAACAGGCUACAUCGAGACCCUUUUCGGAGACUUCACAUUUAGCUUCGUUUUGAAAAAAAAAAGACUAGAGGCAACUCGGUACCCUAACGUCAAGGCCUAUGACAUAGUCUUGCCGUUUUUGUGCCUAUAUAUUCCCUAACUUGUUCCUUCCUACAUUUUUUGUUUCGAUAGAAUUCAAUGGAGAAAAUGCAAUCGUGCAUUGCUUUUGCCGAACUCUUCUUUGUGUUGUACUCAACGACAGAUCGCACCUCGUUUGAGGAAGCAUCCCUUUUAACACGCUAUAUUUUACGUUUUAAGUCCCUGAACUCUAUGGCUACAGUCAUUAUCGUAGGGACAAAAAGCGACCUCACACACUUGAGAGAAGUUGAAGAGCAAGAGGGAAAGCUCUUGGCAAAAAAUUUGAAUUGUGAAUUUUAUCAAAUAUCUAACUCUGAGGGAUAUGUUGAGACGCAAGAGCUACUCUUGGCUGCUUUGAGGCGGUGCCUUGAUAAGAAUAAAGGGUCCCCGUUGUCAAGGGUCAAGGAUGGCCUCGUGGAAACAGCCAAGUCAUUCCGGAAGAAAUCUAGUGGAAAUGAGCAACCAUCUGAACGAGAUACAUUAAAAUCAACGCGGACGAAAUCUGUUGACCAUGAAGUUUCAGAUGGAGGUGAGACGCCAGAACCAUUGAGAACAAAAACGUUUAGUUUUAGUGAAGAAAGAGAAAAGAUAGCUGAACCUUUGAGGAAAAUAUCAUCCAGUCAUGAGGAUCUAUCUGAGGAAAGAAGGAAAUACAGAAAUUCGGUGACAUCAACGGCAAGUUUUUAA